AUGCAGUCAAAUGACUCAAAUGUUUUGUCUCUUUGGCGCAUGGAGUCUCUAGGCAUACCUCCAUCAGGGACCUACCCUGUAUUCAUAGCAGGGCUCUUCACCUACUGCUUCAUCCUAACCUGUAACAUCACUGUUCUGUUGGCCAUCAGCCUGGACCAUCAACUGCACAAGCCUAUGUAUGUGCUACUCUUUAACCUGACUCUGAACGACAUGAUGGGGGCUUCAGUCCUCUUUCCACAGCUCAUCUCCAGCAUCUUAUGGCAGAACCGUGACAUUUCCCCAGCAGCGUGCCUGAUCCAGGCCAUACUGGCUCACCUCUAUGGUGCAGGCACCUUCAUAAUCCUCAUUGCUAUGGCUUACGAUCGCUACAUUGCCAUCUGCCGCCCACUCAGCUAUCAUUCAGUCAUGACUCCAAGCAACCUGAAGAAGAUCAUAGUGGCCAUUUGGGCCACUGACGCCACCGUCAUAGGCAUUCUGUUCCUGAUGUUGUCACGCUUUCAGUUCUGCCGAAACCAAAUCGUCGAUAUAUACUGUAACAAUCCCUCCAUUGUGAAGCUGAUUUGUGAUAAUACCAGUGUUAACAAUUAUUAUGGUCUGGCUCUGACAAUAGUCCUGCAGGGAGGAGCAGUCACCGUGGUGAUGUUUACCUAUAUCCAGAUCCUAAUUACUUGCUUAUUCAACAAGCAGACAGACACAAAAAGCAAAGCCGUCCGUACAUGUGCAACCCACCUUCUGGUGUUCAUUUUGUUUGAAAUCGUGACGUUUUUUGCUAUCAUUUCUCACAGAUUUGAUCGGACAUCACCCUACCUACGCAGGUCUGUGGGAGUUUCCAUCUUAGUAUUUCCACCCAUUCUGAACCCCCUCAUAUAUGGACUUAACACUAAAGAGAUCAGGAGUAAGGUCAUAUAUAUGCUCAGGAAACACCGUAUCUCCAACCAGAAAUGA